UUGUGAGUCAACUUUGUAGGAUUGGUGGUCUUCGAGUUCCCCUCCACGCUGGUCCAUGGAGGCCGUCCACCUUGACACACGUUUCACUUUUCUCUGCUUAGCCAGUGUAUAAUUGGCCCAACUACUUCAACAAUGGGCACUGAAAAAUUAUUGAUUUUACUUGGCUUAAUCGCCAGUGUAGUCUUUUCUGCCUUGGGCUAUGACAUGAGGAAAUCAAUCGUAUACGAUAAAAAGACCCCUGGUGUGUUCUACUGUCCUCAACACAAAGUCACAGAUGUCGACAAAUUGAUAGUGAGAGCCAGGCCGCUGAAGAAGUUGUGCGAAUUUGAUGGCAAAAAGCCCCUGCCCUCUUCAUACAAAUCUGACUGCUAUGCGGAUAUUGACGAAUCUGAUUUCGGCUGUAAAGAAAAAUACAGGAUUAUGAAACGUCUCAAGGAUCCUAAGGAUGAGGUCAAAAAGAAGAAAUUAUAAGCUGAGAUUGCAUCCUCCUGGCAGUGAAGAUAACUCUGCUGAGAAAUGGCAAAGUGCGUACAACAAAUUGACUAAAAAGAAACAAAAAGGAAGGAAGCACUAUUGAUUUUUGAAGACAUUCUAAUUAAGUCUAAUGCCAAAUUAACAUCAAAAUUAACUUAUUAAUUUGUUUUUACUUCUUUUACAUUAUUUUUUGUUAGAUUAAACAGUAGAGAUAAUCUGUGAGGAUGAUCUUAUACCUGAACUGUAUAAUGAUAUGCCAACCUUGUAUUAUUUACAAUUAUAAUGAUUUUUUAAAAAUAAUAAAA